AUGGGGACCACACACUCUAAAGGUGGCGACAGGCGGGGGUCACCCCCUGGUAACCCUGAGCUGCCCUUCUACGGCUCUCUCCCCAGGAAAUGGAACGAGAAUGUCUUCUUGGAUAAUGAGCUAUUGACCUCCAAGAUCCUGUCGGUGCUGAGGCCCCAGACGGAGCGAGGCUUCAGGACAGGCAACCUCCGCUACCCUGCCCACUUUCUCAGCUCCAGCUCUGUCUUUGCCUCUGUUGCAGCCUCCCUGAAGGAGCACCCUCGGACCACACUUCUGUCUGAUGGCAGCAGCCCAGCUCCUUCCAGGAAUGUCGGCAUGACCGUCUCUCAGAAAGGGGGUCCCCAGCCAACACCGAGCCCAGCGGGAUCUGGGGUGCGACUUGGACCAAUCGCUGGAGACAUGGAUGAAGCUGACUCCGUGUUUUUAAAAUUGAAGCAGACGGCCGACGACUCUCUGUCACUCACAUCCUCGAAUGCUGAGUCUGUUUUCAUAGAAGAUCCUUACAUUGCCUCACUGAGGUGUGAGAUCGAAUCAGAUGCCCAUGAGUUUGAGGCUGAGUCCUGGAGCCUCUCUGUGGAUUUAGCAUAUGCCAAGAAACAGAAGAAGGAGGUGGUAAAGAGACAAGACGUCCUGUAUGAGCUGAUGCAGACAGAGGCACAUCACGUGCGCACACUAAAGAUCAUGCUGAAAGUCUACUCCAGAGCCCUGCAGGAGGAGCUGCAAUUCAGCGGCCAGGCAGUCAGCCGCCUGUUUCCGUGCGCUGAUGACUUACUGGACAUGCACAGCCACUUCCUUGCCCGCCUUAAGGAGCGCCGGCAGGAGUUUCUAGAGGAGGGCAGUGAUCGGAAUUACAUCAUCCAGAAGAUCGGAGAUGUCCUGGUUCAGCAGUUCUCAGGAGAAACCGGGGAGAGAAUGAAGGAGAAAUACGGCGUGUUCUGUAGUGGCCACAAGGAUGCGGUCAGUCACUACAAGUUAUUGCUGCAGCAGAGCAAGAAGUUUCAAAACUUAAUCAAGAAAAUUGGCAACUUCUCCAUUGUGCGACGUCUGGGAGUGCAGGAGUGUAUCCUUCUGGUCACGCAGCGUAUAACCAAGUACCCGGUGCUAGUGGAACGUAUCAUCCAGAACACAGAAGCCGGUACCGAGGACUACAAAGACCUGAGCCAGGCCCUGAGUCUCAUCAAAGACAUCAUCUCACAAGUGGACGCCAAAGUCAGUGAGUGUGAGAAGGACCAACGCCUCAAGGAGAUCGCAGCCAAGAUGGACUUGAAGUCCUCCAGCAAACUCAAGAACGGGCUAACCUUCCGGAAGGAGGACAUGCAGCAGCGCCAGCUCCACCUGGAAGGCACCCUGUGCUGGAAGUCCACGUCGGGGCGCCUGAAAGAUGUCCUCGCUGUCCUGCUGACCGAUGUGCUUUUGCUGCUCCAAGAAAAGGAUCAGAAAUAUGUCUUUGCUUCUGUGGACUCAAAGCCACCUGUCAUCUCUCUGCAAAAGCUCAUCGUGAGGGAGGUAGCCAACGAGGAGAAGGCCAUGUUUCUGAUCAGCGCCUCCAUGCAGGGGCCAGAGAUGUACGAGAUCUAUACCAGCUCCAAAGAGGACAGGAACAUCUGGAUGGCCCACAUCCGCCGAGCCGUGGAGAGCUGCCCUGACGAGGAGGAGGGCGUUUUCAGUGAGGCUGAGGAGAGAAAGAUGGCUGAAGCCCGCAGCAUGAAACUCCGGGACUUUCAAGAGCGACUGAGCCUGAAAGACCAGCUGAUUGCCCAGAGCCUUCUGGAGAAACAGCAGAUCUACCUGGAGAUGGCUCAGCUGAGCGGACUGGAAGAGUCAGCCCAGUACCAAGGCCUCUUCCGAGGAGGCGGAGACCCCUCCGAGACCCUGCGGGGGGAGCAGAUUCUCAGAUCUGCCAUGAGUGAGAUUGAGGGCAUCCAGAGCCUGAUCUGCCGGCGCCUGGGGAGCACCAGUAGCCAAGUGGAGGAGGGAGGUGUCUCUGCAGGCCUGCCUCGGAGGGCUGAGACCUUCGGGGGCUAUGACAGUGUGGGCAGCCCCAGCAAGGGUGGCAGCUUUAGAAGGAAGGUGUACAACAGUGACCCCAGGCCCCAAGACUGGCAGGGGCCUGCUAGCAGCCCAGACUCCAAGCCCUGUGACAACACCACCCCCAGUGGCUGCUGCGAGGAAUCGCUACAGGAUGUGGAGAUGCCUAGCACAGAGAGUAGCUCAUGUCUGCCCACUGUCCUGGAAUCAGAGCUGGUCCACCGGGUUCAGACACUGUCGCAGUUGCUUCUUAGUCUCCAGGCAGUCAUCGCUCAACAGGAUAGCUAUGUGGAGAUGCAACGGAUGGCCAUCCAGGAGCGGGAGAAGCAGUUCCGACUGCAAUCAACACGUGGGAACCUGCUGCUGGAGCAAGAGCGGCAACGCAACUUUGAGAAGCAGCGUGAGGAGCGCGCGGGUGUGGAGAAGCUGCAAAGCCAGCUGCGCCAGGAGCAGCAGCGAUGGGAGCGGGAGCGGGCACGCCAGCAGCAGGAACUGGAGCUGGCAGGUGCGCGACUGCAGGAGCGAGAGGGUGAGGCUCGCCAGCUGCGCCAGCGACUGGACCAGGAACGCACAGAGCUGGAGCGACAGCGCCAGGCCUACCAGCAUGAUCUGGAGCGUCUGCGAGAGGCCCAGCGAGCAGUGGAUCGUGAACGCGAGCGCCUGGAGCUGCUGCGCAGGUUCAAGAAACAGAACACUGUACCAGGGGCACUGCCCCCAGAAGUGCUGGCCGAGGCCCAGCCUGCAUGUCACCCUCCCAGCUUCAAUGGGGAUGGGCUGGAGGGGCACUUGGCCCCAGCCAAAGCACCGGGAAGCCAAGGGAGCGUGCUGCUACACGGCACAGGACCUGAGUGCAUAGAGCGGCCUGAGGUGACCCGCUGGGACAGUGCCCCUGCUGAGAGCCGGCCGGCCAAGAGCGACGUGCCCAUCCAGCUGCUCAGUGCCACCAAUCAGAUUCAGAGGCAGACCGCCGUGCAGCAGCAGAUCCCCACCAAGCUGGCCGCCUCCACCAAGGGUGGCAAGGACAAGGGCAGCAAGAGCAGGGGUUCCCAGCGUUGGGAGAGCUCAGCGUCCUUCGACCUGAAGCAGCAGCUGCUCCUCAACAAGUUCAUAGGCAAGGAUGAGAAUGCAUCCCGGAACCGUCGCUCACUGAGUCCCGUCCUGCCCGCCACCCAUGGAUCUGCACCUGCCCCAGACCCCUGCUUCCCAGCCCCAAGCCCGGCCCCAGCUGCCACACUCCCUGAGGCCUUCAAGUUCGGAGGCACAUCACUGCCACCUGCUUCCCCAGCUCCCUCGCUGCCAACCACACCGCCCACCACCACAGAUGAAGUUGGCAAGGAAGAUGUCAUCUUUUUCUGAGGGCCAUGGCAGAUCCCCUUCUGUCCUGAUAACCCUUUAUGUCUCUGGGGAUCCUAUGGGUGACUGUUCCGUCUGGCCAUCUCCUCCCCCUGCACAAGCACAGCCAGGCACUUGUUCGCCUGAGAUUCCCCAGUUGGUGUCUUGGGUCUCACAGCUCUCUAUAGAUUUAGUGGUAAAACAUGGGUAGCCCUUGAGCAUAGAUGCAUGCAUAUGCAUACACAUAUGCAUGUAAAUAAGCUCAAAGUUCUUUGAAGUUGAAGGUGGGAACCCAGCUAAACCACAGAGCUAUCUUAAAUCAGAGGUAGAAAGUACCAACCUGCAGAGACCGGAGGCAGAGCAGGCAGGUCUGAGAAGACACCCAGCUCCAGGAGCAAACUCCAUGGCCCCUAGGAAUCUCUGGAUUGAACUGAGUCAUUUUGCACCCAAAGGCACUAGAAUCACACGGAGUCCAGCAAAUCUCCACUUUGAGAGCAGCAACUGGCACUGGCCACAGCCUUGACCAGUAAGUGAACUGGGCAACUACAGAGGACCACAGGGUUGGAAAGACUCAGGCAGCCCCAGGCAACCCAUGGAGCAAUGGACUGGAUCUGUGGGUUCAGAAAUCAGUCUGAAGAGAGGUUACCAACUGUCACUCCUUGUAGUAGGCUGGGGUUUUCCCCAGCUCUGCUUCUGUCAUGUCCUCCCAUCCACCUUAUCUAAGAUGCAGAACCCCGGGUUCAGCAGGGCAGUAUAUAUCUCAGACAGACAGUGCUUGAUCACUGUGAAAUGAGGUUUCCCUGGUCCCUUCAGUGUCCUGCCAGAAAAGUAGAGCUAACACAUUCAGGGACAUGUGGAGGAAUGGCCUAGUGACAUUGCCAGUGAGUAGCCACAGAUGGCUACUUGGUACCACCUCAGGCUAUGCAGGAGUUGGGACAGCAGCUAGCCUGGUCUAGGCUUGUUCCCAGAACUGAGCAGGUUUGAGUUCCAGGUCUUAACCACAUUUAGACCUGCCCGAGGUCCAGAAUCAUCCCUUACCCAGGUUCCCCUGCUGUGCCCUGCCCUGAAGUACUAACAGGCAGGACCAAGUCCUGCACUGAAUGAUUCCUAGUCCCAGAAAGGACAGUCAGUCUCUAGAGCCCAGCAUCCUAAGGAACCACUCCCAAGAGCCCUGCCCUGUGAUACCUAAUGCAGUCAUCCAGGCCAUCCCCACCACUGUGGAACAGGGACAUGUCAGAGGCUGCUGGUGUGAGCAACAGAGACUUCCAGAGCCAAGACUUAAGCUAAGCAUUCAUGAGCUCAGGGAGCGACUGUGGAUGUAGUUACCAAGAGUCCACCAGCUGGUAGGCAACAGGGUGCUGAAAGUGGUGGUCUCUAGUGACUUCAGAAUGCCAGGAGUGGUGUGUCCUCCAUCCCCCGUCCUCAUCCCUCGGCUCGUGGACCACUGCAUCCGAAUAGCUCUUAUCCUGGUCCCUUCCUCUGUCUUGUGUCCAGAGUGUGUCUGCGUCUACCAGACCUCACUGUGCCAUGUUGCUCAUCAGUGUUUUGUGUUGUUUUUUUUUUUUUUUUGUUUUUUGUUUGUUUUUUUUUUUUUUACUGAGAUGUAUCAGAGCACUUUAGGAAAGCUGAGUUUUAAGUUCCCACUCUGUGAAGAGAACAUUCCAGUACCCAACCAGAGCUGGGUGGGCUCACCAUCAGACACCAUGAUUUUUUGGAUUUAGAAGUUCAAAUGGUUUCCACUUGACCCUGGGAAGGAUUCAGCUUAUCUCUGCCAGAUGGCCAGGUUCUCAGCUGUGUGCCGCACACAGGACAGCGUCACCAGCAGCCAUGGGCUCCUUCCUGGCAGAUCUCAUUUGAGAAGACGGUGAGCUAGCAGCAUUCAGUCUCUGAGGUUGAGUGGCAUCCCAUGUCAGUUGUGACCAUGAUUCUUUGCCUACCCUUGAUUAAUUUCCCAGUGAUAACAGAGCAUCCUGGCAACAGGGUACUCUGGAACCACCCUAGAACUUAUGACCAGAUUCUAGCAAUAAAAUUAUCCAAAGGCUCUCGGGCUGGAACAGAC